AUAUUCCCCAAUCAGAAGUUUGUUUACAUCUGUUAUGCAACUAUGGUCAUCAACAUGGUUUACCUGGUCGCCAUAACCUUGGAGACCUUUCUUUUGUGCAAACCAGUUCAGUACACCUGGGACAAAAGUAUUCAAGAUGGGAAAUGUCCAGGGCAAAUGAUCUCAUUUAUCGUUACCGGUAUCACCAACCUCGCUCUUGAUAUUUUGGUAGUCUUGUUGCCAAUGCCAAUGCUAUUCCGCUUGCAUAUGUCAUUGGCAAAGAAAUUCGUAAUCGUCAUAAUGUUCGGUGUUGGCGCCGUUAUCUGGGUUGUCUCUAUAUUGCGCAUCAUCUCGCUCUUCGAACUUGACUUGGAUGAUCCGACAUAUUCCGCCACUACAGAGGUUAUUUACUCUGCCUUGGAGCCGGCUCUUGGAGUUAUCAAUGCAUGUGUCCCAAUUAUUAAGCCCGCUGUGAAUAGGCUCACUAGUCUUCGUCCGAAUCGGUGCACUAGGAAAGAAGUCAGUAUUGUGACCACAACCGGCCUAACAGCAAGUGGAGAGCGCAACGCUUAUCGUCCAACAUACGAUGGCUUCAGUGUUAAUUAUCUAUCCAUUGAAAACGCGAUUCCCCCACACAGUACUCAUGAGCUACAUCGUUUGGGUAGAAGUUUAGGGUCUGAAGAUGGCAUUACCGUUACCCGACAGUGGGAAGUGACAGUGGGAAGUUAAUCAUACCUAUAAGGAGUAAAUGUGAGUAAAAUUUGAAGCAGUUGAAGCAGUUGGAAAUGUUCUAUAUACAUAGAGUCAUUGAGAUGGUGUUUUUAAUCAUUU